AUGCCAAAUACACGAAGUUCCAAUCGUUAUACUGUCAUUCCUAAUGGAUUAAGUGAAGAAGAAAUGGACACAUCCGAGUCAGAAGAUGAAAUUGGUGCUGUUCAACAUGUUUUACAGGAUAAAUUAACAAUCAACGAAGACAAUUCAUCUAGUGAAGGAACUCCAGCAGCAGAUUUUACUGGAAUUUUGCCACCACCACCAAUACAUGAAGAGUUUGAACCUAUUGAUUACUUUUAUUUUAUGUUCGGCAAGGAAUCUAUUACACUUAUGAUAAAUCAAUCAAAUUUAUAUUCUACCCAGAUGAAUCCAAAUAAACCACUUUGUGUUUCUGAAAAUGAAAUGAAUCGCUUUAUAGGUAUAUUAUUAAUGACUGGUGUCUAUUCAUUUCCACAACAGCGUUAUUUUUGGAUGAAUGCUACUCGUGUUGAAUCUAUAACCUCGGCUAUGAGUCGAGAUCGAUUUUUACAAAUCAAAAGAAAUAUUCAUGUUGUUGAUAAUACAAAUCAAUUAGAUAGCAAUGAUCCAAAUUUUGAUCGUGCACACAAGGUUCGACCAUUAUUAAAAAUUGUUAAAGAAAAUUUCCGAAAAAUUCCAAAAGAAGAAAACUUAAGUGCAGAUGAACAAAUUAUACCUUUCAAAGGACGAAGCAUCAUGAAGCAAUACAUGCCAAAAAAACCGCACCGUUGGGGUUAUAAAAUGUUUAUAUUAGCUGGUAGUAAUAGUGGUUUAUGUUACGAUUUUAUCUUUUAUACAGGUAAAGAAGGUAAGUCUGUACAUGGAUUUUGUGCACAAGUUGUUCUUGAUCUUUGUGAAACAGUACCAAGAUCGAUAAAUCAUAAGCUUUUUUGUGAUAAUUUUUACACUACAAUCAGAUUACAAGUGGAGUUGCACAAGCUUGGUAUUAAUGCUGUUGGUACGGUACGAUCAAAUAGAUUAUCUGGUUUGAUUAUGAAAAACGAAAAGGAUUUAUCACGCGAGGGACGUGGUGCUAUGGAUCAUCGUGUUGCCGAAGUUGAUGGUGUUCAAAUUUGUGCAGUGAGAUGGUACGACAAUAAUGUCGUUAACUGCCUAUCAACAUUACAUGCUUGUCAUCCAGUUGAUUUUGUUCAAAGAUGGUCAAACAAAGAAAAAAAACAUAUACAAGUAAAAAGACCACAUAUUAUAAAAGCUUAUAAUCAACAUAUGGGUGGAGUGGACUUGCUUGAUAUGUUGAUAUCGCUCUAUCGUAUUAAUGUUGGCUCAAAAAAAUACUAUAUUAAAAUUAUUUUUCAUCUCAUGGAUUUAUCUUUAGUGAAUGCUUGGCUCCUUUAUCGUCGUCAUUGUUCACAACAGAAAAUUCCAAAAAAGAACAUUAUGUCUUUACUAACAUUUCGUGUCAAUGUAGCUGAAGCCUUGCUUCAAUCUAAUCUAUCGUCAUCGCCAACACUCAAACGUGGUCGUCCAUCAUUACAAUCAACAACAAGUGAUCAAACAUCACCAAAAUCAUCUAGAGCUACACCAAAUCCACUACCAUCAAAAACUAUUCGAAUGGAUAAAUUUGACCAUUGGCCGAUUUACAUAGAGAAAGGCCGCUGUCGAAAUCCUGGUUGUACCGGUCAGACACGAAUAUCAUGUUCAAAAUGUAAAUUACGUCUUUGUUUGAAUGAUAAAAAUAAUUGUUUCGUUGAGUAUCAUAAUUAA